AAUAGUAGCUGCGAAUAGUUGCUAUGAUAUCGUCACACAUCAUCUUUAUAUACGCAUUUUCAUACUUAUAACCAGAAAGAUAUUUUUGCUUCUCGUUCUCCUAAGACAGAUUCAAACUGCGAAAUGAAGUUGGAUUGUGUAAGAAGAAUUUUUUGCUGUAUUUUUAAAAAAUUAGGAAAAACGGUUGGACGGCAUCCAUAUUACUUUAUACUUCUACCAAUUAUUCUGUCAAUUACUCUCUCCAUGUUUAUCAGAACAUUAACUCCCAGUAAGACAUUUAACGAUAUAAUAACUUCCGAUACAGGAAAAUUUUUUACAGUGAAGAAAUUCAUAAAAAAUACAUUUUCAUUUAACUCAUCGCAAUUUUCUGAUCAGCUAAGAACUCCAGAUAUAGCGAAUUGUCUAGUAAUAUUCUUGUUGGAAAAAGAGGAAAACAACAUGUUUGAAAAAAAUAUUCUUUCAGAAGUAAAAUUAGUCGACGAAAUUGUACACAAUAUAACGUUAGAAACAGACAAAAAGACAAUACAAUAUACAGAUCUCUGCACACGUAUAAACAAAAAAUGCUUUGAAAAUCCUAUUCUCGAAGUAAUAUCAGAAGUGGGAAUUGAUUCCAUACUACAAAAGAGAAAAAAGCUGAAGUAUCCUGUUGAUAUAGAUUUAUUGUCUUUCACUUAUAAAGCCUAUUUCGUAAAUUUAGGGGGUGUUACAGAGGAUUAUCACAACUUCGUAGAAAAAGUAAAUGCCGUUUCUUUAUUUUAUGUAACUGAUGAAAAAAAUGAAGUAAAAAACAAGUUGUUUACAAAAUGGGCGGCUCAUGUUUAUGACACAAUUCAAAAAUAUAAUUUUACGUAUAUCAAAGCUGUUCCAUAUUCUUAUCCAGCCAUGGAACAAGAGUUUCGAAAAGAAUUUGAUAGAACGAAACCAAAAAUUGGGGGUUUGGUCGCAAUUAUGAUUGUACUUUCGAUAUUUCUCAAUGUGAGCAAUAGCUGGGUGAAAAGCAAACCUCUUCUUGGUGUAGCAAGUGUAAUUAACGCUGGCCUGGCUGUAUCGUCGUCUUUCGGAUUAAUGGCUGCAUCGGGUGUUGAAUUCACCUACUGGAAUGCUACGAUUCCAUUCUUAGUUCUUGUUACCGAGAUAGAUGACGCUUUCGUAUUAAUAGCAUGUUGGAGAAUCACUGAUCCUAAACAUUCAGUUGAAAAACGCAUGGAAGUAACAUAUGAAGAAGCAGGAGUUUCCAUUAUUUUGACUUCACUCACUAAUUUUAUUUCGUACUGCAUUGGGAUGAUAGCUCCUUUUCCCUUUAUUCGAAUAUUCAGUUAUUAUACUGCAACUUGUGUCGUUUUGAAUUUUGUGUAUCAGAUAACGUUUUUCGGAGGAUGCUUGGCUUUGAGUGGAUACAGAGAAGUGCAGAAUCUUCGUUCCAGAAAAUUUGCCAGAUGUGAACAAAAUGAUGAUGGGAAUAAUAACGAUGUAGAAGAAGAAUUUAUUAUGGCACAUUUUAGAGAUUCAUUAGGAAAAAUAAUUUCCAAUCGAGCAGUGAAGAUAAGUAUUAUCACAAUUUACAUUAUCAACUUAUCAUUCGGAAUAUGGGGCACAUUUUACAUGGAACAUGGUAUUAAAUAUGAACAUUUAUUUGCAAAAGAUUCUCUAAUUUCGGAAGCGCAUAGGAUUACUAAUAAGUAUUUUAGACGUUAUUCGUAUCCGUUUCACAUAAUUAUUAAUGAAACGUUGGAUUACUCGGAUACAAAGGUACAACAAUCCAUAGAAACUUUGUUGAAAAAAUUCGAGAAACAUCCAAAUAUCGCUGAGGAAGAAUUCACCGUGUCUUGGUUAAAAUUCUACAAAGUAUUUCAGAAAACUCCGGUAGCAAAAUUUUCAUUACAAGGGUACGAUAUGUCAAACAAGCAGGACUUUAUCGAUGGACUUCACGAUGUGUUCUUCAAUAUCCGAGCUGCUCGAUCACUCUCUAAUGACGUUGUCUUUAACAGCAACAAUACUGAUAUCAUAUACAGUAGAUUUUUUAUUAUGGGAAAAAAUUUGAAUUCGUCACGUGCAGAAAAAGACACACUAAAUGAUUUAUUGAAAAUUGCUGAAGAGUACGAUACUCCUGUACUGGUAUAUUGUCUUUUGUCAAGUCUAAUCGAGCAAGGAAUCAUCAUUGGACAAAUAAUUUACCAAUUAUUUUGGAUUACUGCUGUAUUAAUAACAGCAAUUUUUUUAUUCUUUGUACCGAAUAUUUUAGUGGCAAUUAUUGUUGCAAUAUCAGUUGUAUCUGCAAUGGUAGAAACAUUAGGUUACAUGUCUUUAUGGGGCAUCAACUUGGAUAUUAUAUCAAUGAUGAGUCUUAUUUUGUGUGUGGGAUUCAGCUUGAAUUAUCCUGCUCAUAUUUCGUACGCUUAUGUCAUGUCACAAUGCAAAAGACCAAACGAAAAAUUAAAAGAUUCUCUAUAUCGUAUAGGUUUUCCAAUACUUCAAGGAUCAUUGACCACGGGAAUAGGAAUAUUGAUUUUAUACUCUGAUGUAUAUUUUAUGAUGGCAUUUACAAAAAUUGUAAUUCUUGUUGCUGUGGAAACGGCUUUUCAUGCUUUGUUUUUCAUUCCUGUUAUUCUUUCAAUUAUUUAUGCCUUUUUUGAUAUUAUAUAAAUAAUUAAUUUGUUGUGAUGUGGGAAAUCAUUUCACACUAAUUUUUAAAGAUUAUAGGUAAAUAUUGUAAUAUUUGUUUGCAUGGAGAACGAUGUUACUCGAAAGGACGUAACUCGAGGUAUACCUGUAUAUAGCCUAGUAGUCGUGUAUUAAUUUCUUUUGUGAUAGAUUUAUGUUUUUAUUUUUAAUUCAUUCAUAUGCAUAAAUAAUUGUUGACAAAGAAACAAUUAAUUACAAUCAAUGAAACAACUCCAGGUGACAAUUUUGAAUUUAAUGCAGAAAACGAAAAUAUUUUCAUAUGAUUAUUAGAUUAUUUAAAAAAAAAUUGUAACUUACUUAAAUAAUCUAAUUCACACCAGGUCAGACCAGUUAUAGAGGCAGAAUGUUUCGUUUGUCUUGGCCAAGCCAAGUGAACGUGUUCUAAACGCGUUUGCGAUAGUGUGCUGCAAACUAUUUAAAACGUGAGAUUAAUUUUUCUAUAAAAAGCAUCAUUAUGCAACUUAGACUUAUUAAA